AUGGACAACUCCGGCAAGGAGAAGGAGGCCAUGCAGCUGAUGGCUGAUGCCGACAAGAAGGUCAAGGCGUCCGGAUCCUUCCUCGGGGGGAUGUUCGGAGGAAACCAUAAGGUGGAGGAUGCCUGUGAAAUCUACGCCAGAGCAGCCAACAUGUUUAAGAUGGCAAAGAACUGGAGUGCUGCAGGGAAUGCGUUCUGUCAGGCCGCUCGGCUCCACAUGCAGCUGCAGAACAAACUGGACUCCGCCACCAGCUUUGUCGACGCCGGCAACGCCUACAAGAAGGCCGACCCACAAGAGGCCAUCAACUGUCUAAAUCAGGCCAUUGACAUCUACACCGACAUGGUUCGGUUCACCAUCGCAGCCAAACAUCACAUCACUAUAGCAGAGAUUUACGAAGCUGAGCUGGUUGAUAUUGAAAAGGCCAUUGCCCACUAUGAGCAGGCCGCAGACUACUACAAGGGAGAAGAAUCUAACAGUUCAGCCAACAAAUGUCUCCUGAAGGUCGGACACUACAGCGCUCAGCUGGAGCAGUACCAGAAAGCUAUUGAAAUCUAUGAGCAGGUAACAGCUGACACCAUGGACAAUCCUCUGCUGAAGUACAACGCUAAAGAGUAUUUCUUCAAGGCGUCACUGUGUCAUUUCAUAGUGGACGAACUGAACGCCAAGUUGGCCAUAGAGAAGUAUGAGGAGAUGUUUCCAGCCUACUCAGACUCCAGAGAGUUGAAACUCUUAAAGAAACUGCUCGAUGCCCACGAGGAGCAGAACAGCGAGGCGUUCACGGAGGCCGUCAAGGACUUCGACUCUGUGUCUCGUCUGGACCAGUGGUUGACCACGAUGCUGCUCCGCAUCAAAAAGACCAUCCAGGGAGACGCUGGGGACCUGAAAUAG